GAGAGCUUUGGAGGAAAUUGUAGGCUUCUUUCGUCCUCGUUGGCCAAUCAGGUCAGUGAAAACCCGGAUGAGUCUUCCUCAGGUCAGGAUCUUUGGCUCAGUCGCGUCAGAAGCUCUGAGCUCGUGACCGCAGAUCUUUCACCUCAGACCUCUGCUUUGUCUUCUGGGUCUUACAUCGAACACUCGCCCCAUCACACGCAGGAGAAUGUAGCUGGGUCAGACCGAUCAACAAGCAAUGAGAUCUUCCCAUCAACAUCAGAGGACAGUGAGAACCCCUUACCCAAACAAGAGGAACCUUGUAGGAGCCAAAGCCUGAAAAAAGAGGACAGCAAUUCUUCAGAAAGUGAGCAAUCAAACGACAAGGGACAAACAAAAAGUUCUGCGAGGAGCCCAAGUUGGAUAUCAGAGUAUAGCGAUAAAAAAGAGGUCUUAAAACUUUUAAACCAAGGACGACCAUUCAAGUCGGGGAACGGUUGUGAUAACCAAACAGUCGUUUCAUCACAGUUGUGCCAAGCAGAGUUAGAGGAUACUGGGAAGUGUCAAGAGGAAAGCGAGGAGAUCCACAAGGAGUCAGAUUGCAGCGGGAGGAGUCAAGAAGAAUCUGAGGACGGUGGAGAGAGUCAAGCAAGGACACAGAACAGCGAGGAACCAAAAACACGUGACUCAGAUACAUCACAGUAUCAGGGUCUUCAAUCCUCUGAUCUCUCUGACAGUCCAGGGGACCGAGUGAACAAUUCAACCGUAUGUCAAACCAAAUACGUGCGAAGUGAACAGACUUCACUAAAGAGAGCUCACAUUGUCACAACAGAGGCUGUUGGCCCUUUUGUCUUCUCUCAUACACGUUCCCGGCCUCCUCUCACCCCUACCAUGCCCACCCUGCCUGAGGAAGAGGAAGACUCUCCAGAAGAGCUCGAUAGUGAAGCCAGCUCACCAUCCAUAUAUGCACCAGUUGAAAGCAAGGUGGUAAAUGUGACCAUGAAUCCACCGGCCAUUGUACUUCCAACACAAGCCAGCAAACAGGAGCUGUGUGUUUUAGAGAAAGCAAGACCACACAGUCCCAGACCUCGCCUCUCCCGAAACUCUGCCACCUCCGUUCCCAUCACCACAGUGGAUGAUGAGGGACAUGUGAUAGAUCUAGUGAAGGAUCAGCUUCCUGAGCUGCAGUUAUCUGAAGAGGAACGUCGGAAGAAUCUGGAGCUUCUUGAGGAGGCCAAGAAAGUCAGUGAUCGAUUCCUUCAGCGCAGAGGCCGACGCUCUACCUCUAGUCUUACUGACUCUCCUACAGCUCUCUCGCCGAACCCAACGCCCUCCUCGUCCCCCAGACCAUCGAGAAGCAGCUCUCUCUCUGCACCCGUACAGCUAGGCGGUCCUGAGGUCAGCACUCCUCCUGCGAGUCCCUCCUUUUCUCCGCACUUGGAGGUGCCAUCGUCACAUGACCGUGGGGACACGAGCAGAGGAGAGCAGGAGACCUUCUCAAGAGUCGUGGAGUGGAAGCCCAGCGAAAAGCGAAAAGUGUCGUCUGGUGCGUUAAACCCCCGACACGCCACCACCAUAACGGUCAGAGAUCCCGCCGUGGCUCAGAAGGAAACGCCGGACCGUCACGGAUCAGCAGACAAAACAAAGAACUCUGAACAUGCUAGCCAGAAAAAGGAUGAGAUGUCUUGCCGUGGCGCCAAUCAACCUUUAGCCACAGGAGUAGCCAAACCCGUCCCCCGUCCACCCACUCAACAGGCCCCGUGCACGGCCGAAAUCAAAACCAUAGGAGCUUUCCCACCUCUGAUGAGAGCGGUCUCCUGGGACACGGUGGGCUCCAUCAAUAUGAGGAAUGCUGCUCCCAAAGGGGAGGAAAAUCUCUCCUCUGACAAAUCACUGUUUAAAUCCUCUGGGUACAAGGACUUCCCUGUGCCGCCCGGGAACGUUCAGAAACUCUCCAAAUUGCGUGAGGAGCACAAACUGAUACGUAUCCAGAGUAUCUCCAACUCAAAGCUUCCUGACCUGACUGAAUCGACUGAGCAGAGCCGAGGUCCACCCUCUCCUCUGCCGAGCUCUCCCAGUGAAGACGAUGUUAAUGAGAAACAUGACGCGAUGCCCAACAUUUCAGACGUCAUGCUCCGCAAGCUCAAACUGCACAGAGGUUUACCUGGCUGUGCUCCUCCUCUCUCAGAGAAAGAAGUUGAGAAUGCUUUUGUGCAGCUGUCCUUGGCUUAUCGCAAUGACAACUACACACUGGAGUCUCGACUCAAACAGGCAGAGAGAGAGCGCAACCUGACGGAGGAAAACACUGAGAAGGAACUGGAAGAGUUUAAAUGUGCCAUCAAGAGCACCGUGUCACUGUGGCAGAAUGCAGAACAGAGAGAGUUUUACCAGCAUCUUAUAGAAACCAUUUCUGUAUUUCAUCGACUGACCAACCGCCUCUCCAGCAGGGCCGAGAUGGUCGGAGCCGUACGGCAGGAGAAGAGAAUGAACAAGGCCACAGAGGUGAUGAUGCAAUAUGUGGAGAAUCUGAAAAGGACUUAUGAGAAGGACCACGCUGAGCUGAUGGAGUUUAAAAAGCUGGCCAACCAAAACUCCAAUCGCUGCUACAGCGGCUCAGUAGACACUGGAGAUGAUGGUGUUCAACGUCCAUCCAGAUUCAUAUCACCACAACUUGGGAAGGCCUUGCCCAGACGAAGAGUCAGUGUGGCUGUAGUUCCUAAGUUUAAUCUACUGAAUGUCCCCGGACAGACCUCAACUGUGUCCAGUGCUCUUCCUGUACUGUGUGAGGCCAACACCAUUAGAAACUGUAAUUCAUCAGACUCCACCCAUCAAGAUGUACUUGAGAGGAACAAUGGAAACCGUUUGCCAGAACAGGAAGGUGAAGCCAUGCCAAGCAGAGUUCAUUGCAAUCCAGAGAAGAUUACAGAUGAGAUCAAAGCCAAGCUUGAAGAAGAAGCUUAUAACAAAGGGUACCAAGAAGGACUCAAAAGGAGUAAAGAACUCCAAGAACUUAAGGAGGAUGAGGAGAAAGCUGAGGAGAAGCUGCUGGAGUCUGAGGAAGAGAUAAGAGGAGGUGCUGAUGAAAACAGAAAGCCUAACAGCAGGUACGAGGAGGCACUGGAAUUCAUUGACCGGAUUUUUCCAAAGGUCUUCAGACGAAACCGUUUGCUUUGGAUAGUCAUCACUGUAUUUUUUGUUUUAUUCCUGUUUGUCAAUAUCAUGAACUUUUUCAGUCACCGCUACAGCGAUAGCGGAGACACGUCUGCAGAGAAGUCGGCCAUCCCAGGCAAGAAAACGUUUUUUGGACUGAAUGUAGGGUCCAAGAGCCCCGCCCCAGAAUGAAACCAUUCGUGAACGGACACAUGCUUGUCCUUUACCCCGUAUCAUCUGUGAGUCUAUGACACUGCAAAUAACAGAUUUAUUGGUUAUCAUUUAGGGACCAAGCGUGCUCGGAUAACAAAUCAGAUUUGCAUUGAAUGGUUGGGAUUUCUUGUUAUCGGACAGAGAUAUUUUAUGGAGACUAAUGUCACUUUUGACAUGUAUAUGAUACCACUCGAACCUUAUUAUUAAAAAUUCUCAGGUUUUGUGAAAUAGAUAUAUUUGAAAUAUUAAGUACGAUAUUUAAAAACUUUAAUGUUUGAUACGGUAUGUUUUCUAGUCUUUUGCAAUUGUUUGUUGUUAUUUGAAUUGACAUUCCAAGGUAGAUCCUGAAGUGCAAUAGUUGACUGUUGUGUUUGUACAGAGCACUGAUUUUAAUAGUAGAGUUUUUUCACAGUUUUAAAGAGCACUUUUAAAUAGCACGAAAGUUACAAUUUCAUAUUUGCACAUGUGUGCUUGUGUUUUUGUUGUGCCACUUCACCUUGAAAUAAAGGUGUUUUACAAACA